AAGACCAGCUGCUGACAACCUCUUCUCUAUUAUCUAAUCUACCUCCUCUAUCCCAGGAACAUCGGAAGCCGUCAUGGCUACCCCACAAGUGGCAGAGUUUCCCAGAACCUUUGGUGUUCAUGAUUCUCAACAAAUGGUGUGGAUCCUGAGAGAAAAUUCACUAAUAGCAACUCCUUUUAGCAGCAAUGUCAAACCUGUCAGUCUUGAUUUAAUAACAUGUACAGACAAAGAAUUUCAUGAUGCGGGGAAAGGCAAUCCGGUUUACUUGGGAAUCAAGGGCAACCAUCUUUGUCUCUUCUGUGCAGAAAUUCAGGGCCAGCCUACUCUGCAGCUUAAGGAGAAAAAGAUCAUGGAUAUGUCAAAGGAGAAGAAAGCACAGAAGCCCUUUCUCUUUUUCCAUAGUAGGGAGGGCUCCACAUCUACCUUUCAGUCUGUUUCUUACCCGGACUGGUUCAUAGCCACUUCCACAAUGGCAGGGCAGCCUGUUAUUCUCACCAAGGAGAGGGGCAAAAAUUAUACCACUAACUUCUAUUUAGAGCCUGAGGACUAAUCAGCCUGGGCUGUGAGAGGCUGAUUCCAGAACAGAGGAUCAAGCAGUCAGAGAACCUUCCAUUCUAAAACACCAUAGGUCAUUUUGAGAGACCAGCAUGCACUGAUGCCCAUCCAUAGCCCACCUCACUCUCAACACCCAAAACCACCUCUUCCUUUAGACAUCAUUUUCUGCACCAUGUCUCCCCUCUGAACAUUAUUCUAGUAUAAAACCCAGGUCACUUUUUAAUUCUUUCCAGAUCUUGUCCCACCAUCCACUUAGCUGCCACAUCCAGUUAAGUCAACAUCCAA